CGUGAGUCCUGGGUUCGUCACACCGCACUCCUCACUUGCACACUCUCGCCGCCGCCCCGUCCGCAGCCCCGUCAGGCGCGGAUCCUAUCAGCGAGCCACCGCCGCCGAUCGGCCUCGCUCCCCAGCUUCGGCUCCUCCCACAUGGCAGUCUCCGCCACCGCCACUUCCCUCUCCCACCUCCUCCCCGCGCCGAAACCCAAACCCAGAACCCCGCCUCGCCUCUCCCUCCUGCCCAGCAACCGCAAGCCCUCCCGCGCCGCCACCAGUGCCAUAUUUGCCGCCGCGGCCGCGGCCUCCGACUUCCUCUCCCCGGUCCCCUCCCUCAAGUCCCGCCUGGCAGCCGGCGACACCCUCUACGGCCUCUUCCUCCUCUCCUUCUCCCCCACCCUCGCCGAGAUCGCCGCGCUCGCUGGCUACGACUACGUGGUCGUCGACAUGGAGCACGGGCCCGGUAGCAUCACGGAGGCCCUUGCCUGCCUCCGCGCCCUCGACGCCGCCCGCACCCCCGCCGUUCUCCGCCUCCCAGAGGCCUGCCCCGUCUGGGCGAAGAAGGCGCUCGACCUCGGUCCUGCAGGCCUCAUGCUCCCAGCCAUCGAGUCCCCGGCCGCCGCCGCCGAGGCCGUAUCGCACUGCCGGUACCCGCCCCGGGGCGUCCGUGGCGCCGCCUACCCGAUCGUCCGCGCAUCCGCUUAUGGCCUCGACGACUCCUACGUCUCCCGCUGUGAGGACGACACCCUCAUCAUCUGCCAGGUCGAGACCGCCGCAGGUGUUGCAGAGGUCGACGCCAUCGCCGCUGUCGACGGUGUCGACGUCGUCCAGAUGGGCCCGCUCGACCUGUCGGCGAGCAUGGGGUACCUAUGGGAUCCCGGUAACAGGAAGGUGCGAGCAGCGCUGAGGGAAGCCGAGAGGAAGGUGUUGGAGGCCAGGAAGAAGAAGGUUACAGCUUCGGCGGGUAAUGCAGCUUACUUGGGUGGAUUUGCCAUGCCGAAUGACCCACCUGAGCAGCUCAAGAUGAGGGGGUACCAUAUGGUGGCCGGUGCUGUGGACAUUGGGUUGUUCCGGAAGGCAGCAUUGGAGGAUGUCAAGUGGUUCAAGGAGGCGGUAAUGGAAAUCGGGGAAGAGGAGGGCGAGGAGGAGGAUGAGAAGGACGAUGGGUAUUGGAGUGAGUGAGCAGCACUGAGCUGGGCUCAGCUGAAGCUGAUCGGUGAACUGGGGGUACUUUCUUGUUUGUGUUCUGAAUUGAAACUUCCAGCGUCAUAUGGGCUCCAGUUCUGCCUUUUGGUGUACUCUUGUUUAGUUAUUCGAUCUGGUUUUCAGGAAGCAAUCUGUUUGGGCACCUUAGUAUUCCCGUUUGUAGGUUACUGGUGAGUACGAAUAAAGUGUUGGAUUACUGAAA